AAUUAACGUGAGUGAAGAAAUAGGAAUUGCAUCUCAGGAAAUAAAGCAUGCAUCUCAGGAAAUUGCAAAAUUAGGAAACCCUGAUUGCGGAUUUGUGAUCGAUCAAUUUCAACAUAGGACAAUCCAGAUUCCAGAGGCUGUCUGGCUCAGGGUCCAUCGGCGAAGAAGCUCGGAGCAGAUCAGCCUCAAGCAACUGCAACAGCUACGAUGUCUCAACGCACAAAAAGCACAAAAUCUUCCGAUGAUAUCGAAGCAAAAAACUCGGCGCAUAAGCUUAAGGAGCUUGAGAUUACUGUCCCUAUUGUCUAUGGAAAUAUUGCGUUUUGGCUUGGUAAGAAGGCAAGCGAGUAUCAGUCUCAUAGAUGGACUAUUUAUGUUCGCGGGGCAACAAACGAAGAUCUUGGCGUAGUAAUAAAACGAGCAGUUUUCCAGUUGCACUCGAGUUUUAAUAACCCAACAAGGGUUCUGGAUGCUCCUCCUUUUGAGUUGUCAGAGUGUGGAUGGGGUGAAUUUGAGAUUGCUAUUACUCUUUAUUUCCACAAUGAUGUUUGUGACAAGCCGUUGCACUUAUUCCACCAUCUAAAGCUAUAUCCGGAGGAGGAAUCUGGCCCUCUUUCCACAAAGAAGCCUAUAGUUGUUGAAUCAUAUGAUGAAAUUGUUCUAACCAAACCUUCUGAGGCUCUCCUUUCUCGUGUACAGAAUCAUCCAGCAGUAAGUGUGCCCAGACUACCUGCGGACAUGGCUUUACCUACCACAGCACCAUUAGAUGAUGUUGAUAGAAGAAAGAGAGGUGACACCAAAGAUAAUCCCCUAAGCCAAUGGUUCACUAAUUUUUCCGAGGCAGAUGAGCUCUUAAAAUUAACAGCAGCUCGCCAGCAGGUACAAGGCCAUAUUGCAAGGCUUCGAAGGCAGUUGAGCAUGGUAAGUGGGCAGCAGCAGCAGCAGAAAUCUGGAACAGAGUUUUGAAAUUGCAUAAUUUUAUCUACCCGAGUCAAAGGUUUGAGAAGUCAAAGUUGUGCUAUUUUUUGUGUGUGCACGAAUGUACGGAUUAUAAUAUUGCUGUUUUGUAAAAUGUCCCUUUCUGUUCAUUUUUUCAAAAAAUGUGGAAUAGUAGUGCAUAUGUACCAAGAAAGAACAUAACCAAACAUAGAUAAUUUUAUGUAUUUCAUCGCAUUCCUUGGAAUAGUAGUGCAUAUGUACCAAGAAAGAAUAUACCAAACAGAG